AUGUGGUUCCUGGGUAAGAUCCGAGAGAGCAUGGAUAGCAUUCCCCUGGAGAUUGGACACUAUGCAGAAAAGAGAAAGGCGGAGGAUCUUUCAGCCAAGGCAAGUCUCUCAAACAAGUUGCAUGGUAACAUUCUGACUCCGGACAAAAUCCCUGAGUUUUGCCUGCCCCCUCGGCUGUACAGGAGAACAGUGGCCCCAGAGAGAGCUGCAGCAAAACCAGGUGCUUUGAGUCAGAGGUUCACCAGUCGAGACUGUGGUGCUAGUGCUCUCUCAAGUGCUCUACAUGAACAGGUUGAUCAAAUGAAGUUGACCAAAGUCAGUGUGUUGGCCCAGAGGGCUCAGAAGCCACUGCCAUUCUCUGCAGAAGGCUACGGUUUGGCUGGGAUGUAUGAGAGUCCCAACACACGGAGGAAAGAGUCGUUGUUUCACUGCAGGAGCGUUGUUUACACACUGGACAGGAGCUUCCUCAAGCACUCAACAACCAUGGCCCUGGAGGAAAACCAGUGGAAAACCACCCAGACAGGUGUUGGACCCAGGCUCACUUCCAAGGGCCCGUCAGAGGCAGGCAGCGCCGAAAGCGACACCCCCUCCUCAAAUGACUCCUCCCCACUGGGCUCUCCCCUAUUCAGCCGCUGUCGCCCUGGCUUCUCGCUUUCUAUCAUCACCGCUUUGGAGGCUGGUUCUCCCGGUCUGCGGUCUGCUUCCGCCUCUAGGUGCCCUCUGGGAGCGGAAGGAGCCUGCCCCUGCUGUGUGGUUGACCCCAGGAGAAGAAGGGGAGCACUCUCACCCGUUUCCUCCUCCUGCAUCGAGCCCUGCUCCAGUAACCCUACGGAGGUCAGCUCACUGUCGCCCCCUGUCCUGUUCCCGCUGGAUGUGCUCCACUGCCAGAAGCGUCUGCAGAGAGAGCAUGUCCUUCCAUUGCCGGGGGGCAGCGGGAGGGUCCGCUUCUCGGCUGAGUACACCUCGUCGGCCCCUCUUCUCUCCACAGUGCGAGUGCGGGUGGUGUCCGUAGAGGGUCUAAUGGACAGAGGGGACCCAGGGGCCCUUCACUGCAGCCUUAGCUUGAGCCUGAGUCCGGGAAAGCUCCAGAAACAAAACAGCGCCACCAUCAAGAACUGCAGGAACCCCAUGUUUAAUGAGGACUUCUUUUUCACUGAACUGAGUCGGGACAGCCUUGAUGUCCUGCGGCUCCGGCUGAAAGUGUCGGACAAGCCCUCCGCUCUCAGACGCGGCUUGGUGCUCGGGGUCGUCCUAACUGAACCCCUGGCCCACCUACUGCACCUGUAA